AUGCUUAUCGGACGGAGGACCUCCAUCAAGGAGCAGACAUACAUUCUAUUCACGACUCCACAUUGCUACCUCGGACAGACAUCCCAGCUCGUCCGCCUCCGGAAGAGCAGACAAUGGCUUCGCGUGCUCUUCCAUUGCAGGCGUCUACGUCGUCGGCCAAUCUACGGAAUAGAAGACCGGACAUGCCAAGUGGCAAACGUAAACGUGGAAAAUUCGAGGCACAUGCGAAAUGGUAUCAAAAUUAUUGGCACUGGGGCGUCCUCCUUUCCUGUCCAGUGUCAUCGGCAAGCCUGGUGCUUGACUGCUCGGUACUCCGUAUACGAUAUUUUGGGACUUGUCCGAGGCAAAGGAACAUUGACACGCUGGGGCAUACACUGGGAUAAUCAUCGGCUGUGCGAUGGUAUUGGGUAG